AUGGCGGGUGUAAUUUCACACGAGCAUUUCAUCUCGCCUGAUUGUCUCGGCACAUAUUUGCGUUUGGCAGAACUGUAUAAUGCUUGUGACUUGAAAUCUCUGCUGCAGUAUUAUGUCCCAGAAGAAUACUAUGAAACUCAUUUCCAACGUGUUCGAUUUGUGGAGAAGUUUUCUUCUGAGUUAUGGCUUCCUACUGCAUGUCUUCAAACACAUCAAUCAAUGGCUCUUCCAAUUGUUAAUAUUAUCUCAGAGGAACCUCACGUGAUACAACUCGGGUGCUCCAUUGAGUAUCUGGCAUCGAAUUCAAUGUGA